AGCCGUUUGUCGGUCUGCUCGCUUGCCCUCAGGGCGCUUCGCGCCGCAAUGUUCGCCCUGUGCUGCCAGAAGUCUUAUUCGUUCGAGGAGUGCAUCGUCGACGACAGGGAGCCCCUGGUGCCCAUCGCGGCGGCGCGCGGCUUCUGCCACGACGCCAGCGGUUCCGGCGAGAGUCUGUCCCUCGGGGGCGGCGGGGAGCCCGGCCGUGGGAAGCGGCGGCGCCGCCCGGAGGAUGACGCCGCGGAGCAGGCGCGCCUGCAGUCCCUGCUGGACUCCUUCGCCAGGGGCGCCGUCCGGGGGUGCCCCGCCGUGCACGUGGACGACAGGGGUGUGCGCACGGAGGCGCUGUACCGCAUCGACAGGAGCCUCAGGCACCUGACGCUCCUGGCAAGGGACGACCGCAGGUUGAUCGGGGAGUGCCCGAUCAAGGACAUCCAGGACAUCUAUCUGCUGGAGGACGGCCAGGAGUGCUUCCCCCCGCAGGUGGUGAAGAGCGUGGGUCCCAACGAGAGGGAGCUCCUACUGAUGCUCGUGCACGGCGGCAGCCAGGAGAGGGCCUUCAGCUUCUGCAUGCUGGAGGAGUCCCGGGAGAGCCGCGACAGGUUUCGACGAAGACGAAUCGGCGUCUUAACAUAGGCUGUCGGACCUCCGAAAGUUUAUGCUCGUGCCGAUCUCUCUUCUUCGAACAGGUUCCUCGAGAGCAUGCGGGUGCUCAGCAUCUACGCCGCCAACGCCCCCGCGGCGGACGCGAACCGCCUCGGCGUCCCCGCGUCGCCCACGGGGGCGCGGCGCGCCCGCUAAUUAGGCAGGCCAGCCGAUCCUCUCUCAAGUAAACGCCCAAUGCUGGCGAAUGGAGGAGGUCCGAGCGCCUGCGGCGCGCGCGACUGGGGCCCGAGGCUUGCGCCGGUGCCGCUGUGUUCGUGCCUCGCCUCGUCCUCUCGUCGCCGUCGCCCUCCUCCCGUCUCAGCAGCACGCUCGAGGCCCCUUCAUACCCAGCGGGCUGCGAAGGCUGGGGCCCAGAGCCUGCCGCAGAGGACUGCGCAAGGCCUCGCCCCUGGAUCCCGCGGUUUUUUGGGGGCGCGGGCCGCGGAGGCAGGAGAAUUCGCAAGAGACCGCAUUCGGCGGCUCCGAGCUCGAGCCUGAGCUCGUCUUCUUCAGCUCGUCUUCUUCUUCUUCUUAU